ACUUCUAUAACCUCAAAGGUAAAACAGGUUGGAAAGAUAAAAUGGCGGCAGACUUCAGAUCUUAUCUUGGGACACAAGCAGUAACAGAUUGGAAGCAAAAGCAAAAACCCACGAAACCCACUUCUGCAAUUCCAUUUAUUCCUGCAAAAUGAGAUGAGAGCUUCAUUUCUCUCUCAUUCUUCGUGUUGCUUUCAUAAUAUCUCCUUUUCUAUCAUCUUUUAUUGCUGGGUAUGUACUUGUUGGGUGUUGACUGUUCCCGCAUCCAACUCUCAAUUCCGUGGUGAAAUGUACAGUGCCCAUCAAUUCAGAAUGGCACCCUCUUUUUUCCAUUUUUAGGAAAAUUGAGGGCCAACCAUCAUGUUUCUUCUGUUGGGAUCCUUAUAUAUGAUCAGGAGUGUGCUCAAUUUUUGUCUCUGAGAGUAGUUCUGGAGUCUGGAAGAUCUCUAAUUCAGUUCUUGAGCUUAUUGUGUUUCCAGUUAGUCAGUUUCACGUUCAAUUUCUGUUAUUCUGCUAUCUACCAUCAUUUGAAGCUAUAUCUUCUGCGGUUGAUUCAUGGGAUCGUGAUGGACAACCAGCGUUAUGUUCAUUUUGUGGGGUUCAUCUUCAUUUUACUAUGUAUCCUCCUGUCUGAGACCUGUGUUGCUAGCUAUCAAAGAAUUGGGAAGAUGACUCCAGGGUUUCAAGCAUCACAAAUGAGUUAUAUUGAUAGAAAUGGGUUGUUUCUCUUAUCCAACAACUCAAACUUUGCCUUUGGCUUCAUCACUACCCAAGAUGUCACCGAGUUUCUACUUGUUAUCAUCCACACAGGCAGUUCACAAGUAAUCUGGACUGCGAACCGAGGCUCUCCGGUUGCAAAUUUUGACAACUUUGUGUUUGAUCUAAGUGGCAAUGCCUACUUAAAGAAAGGGGGAAGUGUGGUUUGGGCAACGGAAACUGGUAACAAAGGAGUUUCUGUCAUAGAAUUGCAGGACUCAGGAAAUUUGGUUAUGCGAGGAAAUGAUAGCAGUCUAAUUUGGCAGAGUUUUCAUUAUCCUACAGACACCCUUAUAUCAAACCAAGAUUUUGUUGAAGGAAUGAGACUUGUAAGCGAUCCUAGCUCAAGUAAUUUGAGCUAUACUCUUGAGAUCAAGUCUGGCGACAUGAUCCUCUCAGCAGGUUUCUCAUCUCUACAGCCCUAUUGGUCUAUGGGACAGGACAAUCGAAGAACAAUUAAUGCUAAUGGUGGAGGUGUAACUUUAGCAUCCUUUAGUGCAAAUUCAUGGAGGUUCUAUGAUAAGAACAAAAUCUUGCUAUGGCAGUUUAAGUACUCAGCUGAUACUGAUGCAAAUCUGACUUGGGCUGCAGUUUUAGGAAAUGAUGGUUUUAUCACUUUCUACAGUCUCAAGGAUGGAGCAGCCCCUUCAUUAGCAAAAAUACCAGGCAAUCCAUGUAGUACACCGGAACCUUGUGGUGCAUAUUCUAUUUGUUCUGGUGUCACCAGGUGCCAGUGUCCUUUUGCACUUAGUUCAAACAAUUGUGGAACAGGUAUUACCUCUCCUUGUGGUCAGCAGAAGGAUUCAGUAGCUCUUGUGGAUGUUGGAGAUGGGCUUAAUUAUUUCGCACUUGACUUUGUUUCACCCUCUUUAAAAUCUGAUUUGAAGGGCUGCAAAGCAUCUUGCCUUGUUAAUUGCUCCUGCCUUGCUAUGUUCUUCGACAGGAGCUCAGGAAACUGUUUCCUGUUUGAUCAAAUAGGUAGCUUCCAAAGCUCAGGCCAGGGAUCUGGUUUUGCUUCAUAUGUUAAGGUUAACAAAACUGGAGGCAAUUAUACAGACGAUGGAGGUAGAGGAGGAAGGGGAAAAGGCUUCCCAUAUGCUGUGAUUAUAAUUGUUCUUGGCACAGUUCUUGUCAUUUGUGGCCUUCUCUUUGGUGCAUUUAGAUACUACAAGAAAAAGAAACAAGUAUCAGAAUUUCCUGAAGAAAUUUUAGAAGAGGAUAAUUUCUUGGAGAAUUUAACUGGGAUGCUAAUCCGCUUCAGUUAUAAAGAUCUUCAAACUGCAACAAAUAACUUCUCUGUUAGGCUUGGGCAUGGAGGAUUUGGCUCGGUUUACCAAGGAGUUCUUCCAGAUGGAACACGCCUUGCUGUGAAGAAAUUGGAAGGUAUUGGUCAGGGGAAGAAAGAAUUUCGAGCUGAAGUUAGCAUCAUUGGCAGCAUCCAUCACCUCCACCUGGUCAGGCUCAAAGGCUUCUGUGCUGAAGGAAGCCAUAGACUUCUUGUUUAUGAGUUCAUGGCAAAUGGAUCUUUGGAUAAAUGGAUUUUUAAGAGAAACACAGAAGAUUUCCUGCUGGAUUGGGAAACAAGAUUCAGUAUAGCACUGGGAACAGCGAAAGGGCUAGUCUAUCUUCACGAUGAUUGUGAUGCCAAGAUCAUUCACUGCGAUAUAAAGCCAGAAAAUGUGCUUCUAGAUGAUCAUUUCCUUGCCAAAGUCUCAGAUUUUGGUUUAGCAAAACUAAUGACUCGCGAGCAAAGCCAUGUUUUCACGACUCUGAGGGGCACCAGAGGCUACCUUGCUCCCGAGUGGAUCACAAACUACGCAAUAUCAGAGAAGACUGAUGUCUACAGCUAUGGAAUGCUGUUGCUAGAGAUCAUUUCCGGCAGAAAAAAUUACGACCCCAAUGAAAACUCAGAGAAAUCGCAUUUUCCAUCCUAUGCUUUCAAGAUGAUGGAAGAAGGGAAACUGAGGGAGAUUCUUGAUUCCAGGCCAUCAAUGACCAAAGUUGUCCAGAUGCUGGAAGGUCUCUGCCCUGUUCCAAACCCCCCCAUGUCUUCUCCACUGGGUUCUCGCCUUUAUUCGAGUUUCUUCAAGUCCUUCAGUGAAGAGGCCAAUUCCUCAGGACCAUCAGACUGCAAUAGUGAUAAUUAUCUUUCAGCUGCAAGACUUUCAGGUUCAAGAUAACAGUCAUUGAAGAGAUCUGUUGGGCGAUUGUUGCACAGAGAUUGUAUCAUGCUUGAUAUCACAUCUCAUUUCCCUGUAAAUUUUGUAAUAUGAGCCGCUAUAUUAAAAAAAAAAAAAAAAAGAAGAAAAAAAAGAAGAAGAAAUUAUAACAUAACUUUAACAGGUGUGCUCAGAAUGGCCUUACGCCUAAACUGCUUCAUAACCAAGACAAUAAAGGUGACCAGGAACUGGAGAUAGGAAUACUAGAGCCUACUGAAUGUUUAAUAAAAGCUUUCCUGGGAU